GCUUCGUUCGCCCCGACAUGUCCUCAUCCCCGCACGCGCACGUCAAACGACACGAUCCAGCACCUCCCAAAGACCCAAACCAAACCCCAUGGCUACUACGAGAGCUCUUCUCCUGACGACGACUGCGGCGGCGCUGCUGCUCCUGCUCGCCGGCGGCGGAGGCGCGGCGGCGGCGCGUGGGCCGCUGGCGGGCGGGUGGAGCCCGAUCAGGAACGUGAGCGAGCCGCACAUCCAGGAGCUGGGCGGGUGGGCGGUGACGGAGCACGUCAGGGUGGCCAACGACGGGCUGAGGUUCGGCGAGGUGACGAGCGGGGAGCAGCAGGUGGUGUCCGGGAUGAACUACAGGCUCGUCCUCCACGCCACGGACGCCGACGGGGACGUCGCGGCGUACGGGGCCCUGGUGUACGAGCAGUCGUGGACCAACACCCGCGAGCUCAUGUCCUUCGCGUCCGCCAACUGACAAGAACCAGCGGCUCCACGUAGUCGUUAUCGACGAUCGGCGACACUACUGGAGUUGGAGCAACGUCUAGUUCCAGCAAUAAUAUAAUGCAAUAUUACUGUAGUAGUAGUAGUAUACUAUAGGACCCCUCCUAGCUAGCAUGCGGACAUGCUCUUGUGAUCUUGUCUCGGGUCCAGACUUCAAUAAAGCCAUCUUGGCAUUAUAUGUACUAUACAAAAAAGAUUAUCA